AUGUCGUCGUUCUUCUUCUCCACACCCGUCGACAUCGACAUAGUCCUCGAGGAUGCCGACGAACGAGAAACCGUUGAUAUCAAGCUCGAUAAGAAUAGGCGUGAAAAGGCGCCCUUGUACAUGGAUGGCGAGUCUGUGAAGGGCGCAGUUACGGUCAGGCCGAAAGACGGGAAGCGAUUAGAACAUACAGGCAUCAAGGUGCAGUUUAUUGGCACGAUCGAGAUGUUCUUUGACCGGGGUAAUCACUAUGAGUUUCUUUCCCUUGUGCAGGAACUCGCGGCUCCCGGGGAGCUCCAGCAUCCGCGCACGUUUACCUUCAACUUCAAGAAUGUCGAGAAGCAGUACGAGUCAUAUAAUGGCAUCAAUGUCAAGCUGCGAUAUUUUAUCCGAGUCACCGUUUCACGCAGAAUAGCCGACAUCGUACGAGAGAAGGAUAUCUGGGUAUAUUCGUACAAAAUGCCUCCGGACAACAACAGUCCCAUUAAAAUGGACGUCGGUAUCGAGGAUUGUCUACACAUUGAAUUCGAAUACUCAAAGUCGAAGUACCACCUCAAAGAUGUGAUCGUUGGGAGGAUAUACUUUCUGCUCGUGCGGCUCAAGAUAAAACAUAUGGAGCUGUCGAUUAUACGACGGGAGACGACUGGCUCACCGCCAAACCAGUAUAAUGAGAGCGAGACUCUUGUCAGAUUUGAAAUCAUGGACGGUUCUCCAUCAAGAGGCUGGGCAUUCGGUGGGUGGCUGGCUGAUCUCUUUUCUCAUCGCACAGGAGAGACUAUCCCCAUUCGAUUAUUCCUCGGCGGAUUCGAUCUGACACCCACGUUCCGCGAUGUCAAUAAGAAAUAUUCGACUAGAUACUAUCUUAGUUUGGUCCUAAUUGAUGAAGAUGCUCGUCGCUACUUCAAACAAUCCGAAAUCACCCUCUAUCGACAGCCUCCCGAACUUCCUCCGGUUCCUGGCGCAGCGGCACUACCGCCUCAGCAGCCUAUGCCCCCGCAUACUCAGAAAGAAGGAGGGGAUGCAGAAGUUCUAGAUUCCGAGCCCGAGCCUAAUCCGGCGGCCCAUGAACAGCAGCAGGUUCCUGCAGCUGCAUAA